UUCAUUUCUCUCCUCCUCCUCGGCCAGGUCGCCUCUUCCUUCUCCAGAUUCGAUCUGCUCUUCCUGCCUUCCUCCUCUAGAUCCAGUCCUCCCUUCGCUGCCGAUGGUUGAUAUUCCCGAGACAUCCAGGCCAACGUGCUCUGCGGAAGGAAGGGCAAGUAGGCUCGCCUCCGGAUUUGGUUGCGUUUGGGGUAGAUGGACCGGCGACGGCGGAGGACCUGCUGCGGAACCGGCGGGUGGUGCUUUCUCUGUACCGGCAGAUCCUACGGGCGCUGAACUCGCCGGAGCUGCCGCUGGGGUACGCAGCUCGGAUGGCGAAGAAAGCGGAGUGCCGCACGCUGGAGGUCGUAUGCAGAAAGGUUCAACGGAGCGAUUCGCAGCGCGUCUAGCGAAUAAGGCGGUGUGACGCGCUAUCUUCAUCUUCGGCGCUGAGGAGAAGUCGCUCCACAACAUUCUGGACCUCCUUGACGCCGCGCGCCACACGCUCGGCCUCCUCAACCGCGGCUGCCUCCCGUAGAGGGGAACGAAGACCGCGUCGUCGGCUGUGCAAGAGAUGUUCACGGACUACCAUUUCGAGGUGGAGCAGGAGGCAGGCUCUUCGCUCUGCAACUUCUUCGGCUACAACGGAACUGCUGGAGUAUGGAGAACACAAGCAAUCGUCGAGUCUGGUGGUUGGGAGGAUCGAACUACUGCUGAGGACAUGGACCUGGCACUGAGAGCAGGGCUCCUGGGCUGGGAAUUUGUUUACGUUGGUAGCAUAAAGGUUAAGAGUGAGCUGCCGAGCACUUUGAAGGCGUACCGCUCCCAGCAGCAUCGCUGGUCAUGUAGGCUUGCGCUCCUGUUCAAGAAGAUGUUCCGGGAAAUUCUAGCUGCCAAGGUUAGUCUUGUGACCAGUCUGCACGGCUGCACCUUGAAACAUGAUUACAUGCUUGUCAUGGAGUAGUAAUAGGAGCAUGGCUCGGUGCUUGGCCUAUGCCCCUUGACUGGGAGAGACCUUGGCAGGAAAAUGAGCUUAAAAUGGAGAGUAGUACGGUGGAAUUCUGGAAUUUUUCCCAGGGGAACGGAGAUUUAGUUGCUUCCUUAACUUACCGAACAGAGACAUCUGGACCAGCAAAGGUACAAUCAACACAUGUGUACUAUCUUGUUUCCUGAUGUGGAUAUUGGUUGUACAUAGAGGUUAUUUGGAUGAUUUUGGGAUUUGCACCAGAAAGGCAUCAUGGUU